AAUCUCAUUUCUAAAAUCUAUUAAUAAUCUUCACUUUAGCUUGUAUAUUUUGCUACUUCAGUUUUGUCAAAAGUAAUGUAUGAAUUAGCAUCAAAACGCAAGGCCAUGACAGAGACUGAGACAGAAGAUAAGCAAAACCAAGAGCAAGUGGUGAUGAUUUCACAGAAAAAGCUGAAUAGGAGAGGCAAGUAUGUGAUUGCUAUAGGGGUAGUGCUGUUACUGCUUGUGGUGUUUGUCAUAGUGUCAGUUGUUCUUGCCUUGACACUUCUCAAGCCCAAAGAACCAAGGACUAAGGUUCUCUCUGCAACUUUAGAGGGUAUAGCACCUCGUGUAACACUUCCUGAUAUUGACAUACAAGUCAAUGUUACUCUUGACCUCAAGAUUCUUGUUGAGAACAGAAACCAUGUAAGCUUCAACCAAGAAAAGGGAAAGAGUUUCCUUCUAUAUAAAGGCACACAAAUUGGAGAGACAGAUAUCUAUCCUGGUUUGAUUCCUGCAAGGGGUUCUGCUACCAUAUCAUGUAGGCUUACCCUACAAGCUGAUGAAUUAGCAUCCAACUUGAGCAGUUUUGUUGGGGAUUUACUUGGUGGUCAACUUCCUAUGGAAACAGUUUCUAGGAUUCCUGGAAAAGUUACCUUCCUUAGAAUCAUUAAAAAGCAUAUUGUUGCAAAGUCCAAUUGCCAAUUCGUUGUUGGUGUUCCUGACUUGAAGAUCAAAAGCCAAAUCUGCAAGAAUAAGGCUAAACUGUAGGUGUUUUGUAUGGUCACGUUUGUUUCAUAUUAAUUUUACUUCUCACUAUGAGAAUUUCUGAGACAUAAAUAUCAGUGUUACAUAUAUAUAUAUAUAUAUAUUUCUUAGUGAUUAGAUUACUUGUAUUGUAUGCUUAUUUAUGGUUCAAGUUUUGAAAAUUUUGAGAACAGCAUUUCCGGGAGUACUAUUUAU